UUCCCUGAUUAAGACCACAUAUUUUCUUUUUCAGAUGUGAACGAUUGUAAUAUAUGCUCAGAAGAAAAAUAUCCAAAUAAUAAUCAGGAUAUGUGUAUUCCCAAGGAAACAACCUUUUUGUCCUAUGAGGAACCUCUGGGCAUCAGUUUAGCCUGCUUUGCUUUUACUUUUUCUGUGAUCACAGUUUUGGUCCUGGGAACAUUUUUGAAGCACCACCACACACCCAUUGUCAAAGCAAACAACAAAGACCUCACUUAUAUGCUGCUAAUUUCUCUCCUGCUCUGCUUCCUUUCUGCAUUGCUAUUCAUUGGACAACCUGAAAUUGUGGCGUGCCUCCUCCGACAGAUGGCUUUUGGCAUUAUCUUCUCAGUGGCUGUUUCUUGUGUGCUAGCAAAAACCAUGACAGUGGUUUUGGCUUUCAUGGCCACCAAGCCAGGAUCCAGGAUGAGGAAGUGGGUGGGGAAGAGACUGGCUAUUGCCAUUGUGGUUUCCUGUUCCUUUAUUCAAGCAGGCAUCUGUACUGUGUGGCUGGCAUCUUCACCCCCAUUUCCAGAUGUCGACUUACACUCAAUCACUAAAGAAAUUGUACUGGAAUGUAAUGAGGGCUCCGUGACUAUGUUUUACUCUGUCUUGAGCUACAUGGGCUUCCUGGCUCUUGUCAGCUUCACUGUAGCUUUCUUUGCCAGGAAGUUACCUGACAGUUUCAAUGAAGCCAAGUUCAUCACUUUCAGCAUGUUGGUCUUUUGUAGUGUUUGGGUAUCUUUUGUUCCAACCUACCUCAGUACCAAGGGGAAAUACAUGGUUGCUGUGGAGAUAUUUUCUAUCUUAGCAUCCGGUGCUGGUCUGCUGGGUUGCAUCUUUGCACCAAAAUGCUACAUUAUUGUGCUGCGGCCUGAGUUGAAUGAAAGGGAAAAUCUAAUAAGAAAUAAGACCUGAAGAAUUCAAGUGCAUAGAAUGCAUACAUAGA